GCUGCGGAUCGUAAAUGUACGGGCAGUUUCGAUAUAGAACUUGAAGCGCCCUUAGCAGUGGUCGCGUAUAGAACCGGUAAGCUGUGGUUAUUCGAUAGUUUUCGAAAAACGAGAAAGUGUCGAGUCAGUAUUUGACAGGCCCUUAAAGCCUGCGGAGAAACGGCUGUCAGCGAACGUACAGGAGGACACAAGUCAACGAAGGUUUUUUUCGUGUCUGAUGAGCUCCUCCGUCGCACCGCUGGUGGUAAGAUGGCUGUGCAGCUGGAUGGAGGAGGGAAGGAGGACUUGAAAACACAGUUUGUCACGCGGGAAGGGACAUACAAGCUAAUGACUUUGUCGGAGUAUUCGAGGCCAAACAGGGUCGGCUAUACGAAUAGUCAAGGAAGUGCAUCCGUUAGGGUGUCUUUCGUAACUUUACCGGACCCAGCAGAUCCUACGGGUACGCAAGGUCUCGGCGACCGAAUGUGUUUCAAUUUUGGAAAGGAGCUUUAUGUUUACGUGUAUCGAGGUGUCAAAAAGGCUGUGGACUUAAAUAAACCAUUGGAAAAAAAAUUAUAUAAAGGAACUAAUCCAACUUGCCACAAUUUUAAUCAAACAACAGCAACUGCAGACAGUGCACCCUUAUUAGUGGGUUUCUCAACAGGACAAAUUCAGUUGAUAGAUCCAAUUAAAAAAGAACUCAGCAAGUUGUAUAAUGAAGAUAGAUUGAUAGAUAAAAGUAAAGUAACAUGUAUAAAAUGGGUUCCUGGAUCAAACAACCUCUUCUUGGUAUCACAUUGCUCUGGACAACUAUAUUUAUAUAAUGAAGAACUCUUGUGUGGUACUACAGCUCCCCAUUAUCAGUCCUUUAAAUCAGGAGAUGGUUAUGCCAUAUAUACUUGCAAGACAAAAUCUACAAGAAACCCUUUGUACCGAUGGGUGAUAGGUGCAGAAGGAUGUUGUAUAAAUGAAUUUGCCUUUAGCCCAUGUGGUUCAAAUUUAGCUGUGGUUUCUCAAGAUGGGUUUCUACGAGUAUUUCAAUAUAACACAAUGGAGCUAGUGGGUUCAGCUAGAAGUUACUUUGGUGGAUUCCUGUGUGUAUGUUGGUCACCGGAUGGAAGAUAUGUUGUUGUGGGAGGUGAAGAUGACCUGGUGACAAUUUGGAGCUUUCAUGAAAAAAGAGUUGUAGCUCGAGGUCAGGGUCAUCACAGUUGGGUUAGCGUUGUAGCCUUUGAUCCUUACACUACAUCUUAUGGAGAUCAUAAUCCUGACUUCAGUGGUUCAGAUGAUGAAACAUUACCACACAGUAAUCACAACCACUUUCAUGAGAAGUCUAAUCGUUUGUCCACCACUUCCCAAGGAAUUCACUCAAAUAGAAACUCUUGUGGUUCAGAAUUAAGAGUGUCAGGUGGUACAUGCUACAGGCUAGGCAGUGUGUCGCAAGAUACUCAACUGUGCUUGUGGGAUAUCACGGAAGAUGUGUUGAGGCAACCAAUGUGCGCGAAGCAGAGGCCAUCUGCAGCAGGUUCUGGUACUCUUUCUACACCGGGAACAGUCAACAGUGGGAAUGGCUCGACGACGAAUCAUCACCUGAACAAUUCUAAACACAAUAAUUUGAAUAAUGUUAAUUACAAGGAAAACGCGAGUGGUAAUAAUGAAAGUAGUAACAAUAGCACGAGUACAAAUACUGCAGUGUCAACUGUAAAUUCGUUGACUCAAAGGUUAGCAGGCCUUGGUUUUGGUGAGAGAAAAGGUGAUAAUCAUAAAAGAAACUUUAGCCUCACUAUGAGAGGUAGUGGUGCAUCUAAUAGCACAAUAAUGCAGAACAGUGGUGGUGAUAAAGCUACCACUAAUUCGAAUACAAGUAGUAAUAUGAACAGUGUCAGUGGAAGUUUAGUAGGUGCAAAUAAAAAGGCUAGUUCCGUGAUGGACGAUCCUAUGAGGUUGAUAGGAACUGCCUGGUGCCCUAGGUUUGAUGAGUGCCCAGUGUUAGAACCGCUGGUGUGCAAGAAGUUGGCACAUGAGAGAUUGACUGAAUUAGUGUUUAGGGAAGAUUGCUUCGUAACAGCGUGUCAAGAUGGAUACGUCUACACAUGGGCAAGACCUGGUCACAUGAUUAAUGUUCUGUACCAUGCUUUGGCUGAUGCAAGAUUAUCAUGGAUGAAACUUCCCAGAGUUUUCGCAUGCCAGGAGUAGGACAGGUUGGAAAUGCUCUACAUGUUGUUAGUCCCGCGGAAGGUGGAGGUACCAUAGUAUAGCCAGAACCAGAUAUCGGCACACCUUCAAAGCACGAAGAAGAAUACGUCCCGUCUUUGCGUGUACUGCAAUCCUCGGAAAUGCAGUUUCCAUAUACGCAUUAUCGUCACUUGUAUUAUGUAUGGCCAAGUGAAAGUUAUUCCAGUACUGUUUAAAGAUGGAUAAUCAAAGAAUUAUCAUAAAGGCAUCUAACAGCUUAAUGCUUAAAGACUCAUUUUUAUUUGGUAAGUUAAUUCCGGUGCAUAGAUUUGUUUUUGCUUUCCAUCUUUUUUUUGAUUACGCAUGGAAAGCAUUUAAAUUUUAUAGUCUUAAACUUAUUUCGUAAGAAAAUCCAACAAAAGGAAUAAGUAAAUUGUGUAUACAUGUAUAUAUGUAUACAUAUGUAUGUUUGAUCAUAUGUACUGUAUACUAUAUCAUUCCAAGAAGAUCUUGUUAAGUAAAAAAUUUUAAUCGAAUGGUGUUAACACUAAAUGCUUAUUAUGAUAUGUGUAUAUAUAUACAUAUAUCAUAUGUAUAUGUAUAUAUCAAGAACUUUUAUAUUAUUAUUAUUUAAUAUUUACGAUCGUUUAUCGGAGAUAUGAUUUAAAAUAAUUUGCUUUUAGUGACAUAGAUUAACGAGGAUUGCGAGACUAUUGUAAUCAGUCAGAGCCAUAUGUAAAUACGAAAUAUUUUAAGCAGUAUUUUAAUUUGCAUACUCGUUACUACUGACUAUUUGCUUCAUCUUUGAUAAUAAUAUGCACGAACAAAAGCGGACUAAAUGAUUUCUAAAACACAAUCUACGUUAAUUAUUUCAUUUUUAAAGUUUAAUUAUAGCAAGUAUUAUUUUUCUACGUUGUUAAUUUUAAAUAAUAUUUGAGAUAUUUAGUGAAAGCAUAUGUUACAAUGAUCCUUCUUUAUGCUUCAUUUCCUAUUACUAUUAUUCACAAACAUAGUCCGAUCAUUGCUAACUAAAUUGCCUUAAUAAGAUCGUAAGUUAAACAUAAUAAAGAAAAUUUUCAUUUGUUCUAUAUAGUUACACGAAUGUUUUACUAAGAAACUUGUUCGCUUUAUUGGAAAUUUAUAAUGUGGAUGUAAUCUAUAAUGCAUCAUCGAUGUAUGACCAGUCGAGGACUCAAUACAGAAAUGGCUUUAUAUCUGUCUGCCACAAUGAAAUAAAUAGUUAUGAAUUUAUAAAAAAAUAGUUAUCGAAUAUUCUGAUGGUAGACAGUGUUUCAAGUUGAAUAUUCCAUACGGCGAUACUAUUUAUUACUUUAUACAAAUAAAUAAAAAUAUAUAUGUAUACAUACGUUAAAAUAUUAACGUCGUAAUGUAAAAACAAUUUGCAUUGUUGUAAUUUUUGAAAAGUUUGGAAACAAUAAUACAUUUUUACACUCUUUGUCAUGGGCAUUUCUCAAAAGUAUUAGUAAUUUUAUAGCGAAAUGCAAACAAAGUGUGGAAACGUAAUAAAGCGAGUUUAUUUGAUGUUAAUGAAAAACGGUAAUUAGUUAACUAUAUGAUUUAUGUAAUUGUAAAUCAGUGUUUCUUAGACAAUAAUAUCUGUCAUGGUAUGAAUUGUCAACAAUAUUUAAGAAUGUUUUAACGUUGUUUAACAGUGAUUCCCACCAAUGGGAAUCACUGAUCUCGGAGAGAAUAUACGAUUUUGUAUGUUUUUUUUUUUUUUUAUAAGAAAACUCAAAGGCAAAUACGAAGUAUUUUUGCGUAUGAUCAUACCUUACAUCGUAACUAAAUUAAUUAUAGAUCCGUUUUUAUAUUUGAGAAAAUAAAUUGCAGUUUAAAAAAAUGCUAAUAUAAUGUCACUUUUGUGAUAAUUGCAGAGCUGUUUAUCUUGGUAUGUUUGCAGGAAAGGUUUGCUAGAAGUUUGAGUUGUGUAAUUCUUAUUAAAGAAGUUAUUUUACAUACAAUAUAUUCUAAAUUUUGACAAACAGUAGAUGUGUAACACUGCUCUAUUCCUUGACAAGCUCUCUGAAGUAUGCUGUGAUACGUGUGUAUGCUGACUUUGACUAAUUACUUAAUUAUAAGUGAUGAAAGUGAGAGUUAUGCUAUGUCGUGAAUUGCAAUUUUAUAUGGUAAACCAAAUGGUUACUCUUCAAGAUGUAUUUGUUGAUUUAACCCAGAGUUGGCCUGAUAAAUAUCAUACUACAUUUCAUUUAUUGAAUCUGAGAUUUAUAAUGUUCCUAUAUUGUAAGUCGUACAAUGGAUCUCUAAUAAGUGUUAUAUUUUGUUUCAUGACUAGUACUGAUUGAAGUAUAUAGUAUCAAUUAAUGAAAUUAUUAAUUAUUUCACUAUUUCAGUUUAGGAUGUAAAUAUUUGGUUGUGUUCAAUAGAGGAAUCUUCAAUUCUGAUAAAUGUUCAUUAUUACAUGAACGAAUUUUUUGUUCUGUAAAGCGAACAAGAUUUCUUUGUAUCAAAAUGCGAAUAUGUUCAGGGUUGAAACAAUGAUUUCAAUUGUAACAUAGAGUCACGUCCCUUUUAAUACUAAGGAUAAAUACAACGAUUCAAGAAGAUAUUUUGAUAAUUAAGUUGUGAAUUGGCAGACUAGUCUGGCUGAUUACACAUAUGCAGAUAAGCAUAAAACUAAUCAAUCAUUUCCUACUUGGCGACUUUUUUAUGAGACAUUUUCACACAGAGCUUUACAACAUUGCAUAAAAUUUCUAUUUCUCUUUGCAUUUCACUUCAUUUGUUUAUAAGGGUGUACAUUCUUUGUAAUUGUAAAUGAAAAAAUUUUCAUUGUUAGUGCUUCCGUGUACGUUUCUUUAUCACGUAAUUACCCAAAAUGUAAAACUAUUUUAGAAAGAGUUUUACAUAAUAUAAAUUUAAACAUAAGCGAUGUAUUGGCGUAUGAAUAUUUAUUCGUACCGUAGAUAUUCUUAGCCAACUAUGAUUAAAUUCGAUUCGCAUUCCUUUUUUUUCUACAUGUAACAUUUCUAUAUCGCUAGGACAAAAUUGUGUUUCGUGACAGAUAUGUAAAAUCUUUUAUAUUGUACAACUGAAACGUUUAUGGCAAAUUUUAUGGACUAACAAAAUGAAAAAGCUACAAAUACUUCGUGUAGAUAAUGACUUAGUAGAAAAAGCAGACUUACAGAUAGGUAAUAAUAUCAUCGGCCCAAGUGUCGCAACUGAUGUAAGUACAUGUUAUUACAGCACUUAAUUACUUAGAAAAUUAACUUAACGAAUGCAAUGGUAAGUAAUUGAUUCGAAAUUACGACGGUAGCAAACAAAUUUGAAAUUUCUGUUAACCGUUUAAUUUUCUUCGCGCAUGCGCCACAAACGUGUAUUAUCACGUGUUGCGUUUUUGCCUUUCGUGUGUUUUGCUUGAAGCUUAAAGAUAAAAGUUGAGAAUAUAUUCUGAAUUGGAAAUUUACUCUUCAUAUGUUAAUUUCAGUCUGACAAUGGUCAAAUUAUCAAACACGCUGUAACGAUAAAUCUAUCGCCUGACUAUGAAAUGACAAUAACACCGCAUCAGGUUUCACCAUGUUUCAUGAAAUCUACCAAAUCUAUGCGAUGGCAACUUCUUAAAUCCGGUGCUACUGUUCCAAUAAAACCAGGGGAUAUUUGUUCGUUACUAAAAGAUAAAUGUUGGUUUAAAGUUGUAUUAAUGUCUGACACCAUGGAAAGCAAUGAGGAACAUGCCUCGAAACGAAAAGUAAAAUGCUGAUAUUUUAAUGAUUCUAUCACUUACUUUUUAAAUAUUUUUUAUCAAUUUAAUCAUAGGCUCUAACAGCUGUAGAUUGUGAUUUACCUUGUAAAAAGCCUUGUUCAGAAUCAGGGGAAGGGGAUGUUAAAGUAACAGAUGAAAUGAUUAAUAUGAACAAAGAGAAUUUGUUGAAUAACGAAGCUGUUACUGAUGUAGCAGUUCGAAAUAUCAAGGAACCUCAUUGUACAAGGUUUCAUUUUAGUUUGAAUUUACAAUUUAUUAUUCAAUGAUGCAAGCAUUAUCUAUAAUUCAACUAAUUCUUAUAUGAUAGUUCCACAAAUGAGG